CAGCUGUCAAAAAUUUUCCUUCUGGCAGCAGAGUGCGCGUCGUAAAUUUCCCGUGCUGGUGAAAAAUUGCAAUAAAGUGCCGGAAAAACCGCUUCCCAAGCAGUGAAAAUGGUAUCCAGACCGAAGGACAAGGGCCGCGAUCGUGACCGGGACCGUGAUGGAGAGUCCAGCCAUUCGCACGGGAAAUCACGCGAUAAAGAUCGGGAUCGUCGCAGAUCUCGUUCCAAGAGCCGGCAUCGCGAAAAGGACAGGGAGCGCGAAAGGGAUCGUGACCAUCGGAGAAGGAGCAGAAGCCGAUCCCGGGAUCGACGUCGUCGGAGUCGAUCCCGCAGCAGGGACCGGAGGCGUUCGAGGGAACGUGAGCGUUACGACCGAGGAAACAGUCGAGCUUCGGAUCGAUCGAAUCGUGGCCGGGAAAGUGAUGACCGGGAGAGCGCCUACGAUUACAAGGGCAUCGAGUUUACGCAGAGUGUAAUUGAGUCGAUGAUGUCUACGGCUGCGAAUGCGAAGAGCUUUGCCGAAUUGCUGAACAGUUAUAAUCAGCAGCAGCAAAUCCAACAGCAACAGCAGCAGAUUCAGGCGCAGAAGGCACUCCUGGAGGCUCACAACGAGAACAGCCAGUCGUCGGAAGCGGGAAGAGAUGGUCCGAGUGGAAGUGGAAGCAGCAGGGAUGAUGCUGAACGUCGGCGAAAGAAGAAGUCGCGUUGGGCUGGUGGAGAUCACGAUAAAACGUUCAUUCCUGGAAUGCCUACGAUUUUGCCCCCUGGAAUGACGCCGGACCAGCAGGAAGCCUAUUUAGUUCAACUGCAGAUCGAGGAAAUCAGCCGGAAGCUACGCACCGGGGACCUGAUGAUACCGCAGAAUCCGGAAGAAAGAUCGCCGUCCCCGGAGCCGAUCUACAGCAGCGAUGGCAAGAGGUUGAACACCCGUGAGUUCCGCACUCGGAAAAAGUUGGAAGAACAGCGCCAUCAGCUGAUCCAGCGGAUGCAAUGCAUGAAUCCGGACUUUAAACCUCCGUCGGAUUACAAGCCACCGGUUAUUCGUGUCAGCGAUAAGGUGCUAAUCCCUCAAGAAGAGCAUCCGGACAUCAACUUCGUCGGUUUGCUGAUUGGGCCGCGUGGUAACACUCUGAAAGCUAUGGAAAAAGACACCGGUGCCAAGAUUAUCAUCCGUGGCAAAGGAUCCGUGAAGGAAGGCAAAGUGGGACGCAAAGAUGGUCAACCACUUCCGGGAGAGGACGAACCGCUUCAUGCUUUCAUCACGGCCAGCAAUCCGGAAGCGGUCAAGAAGGCUGUGGAUCGUAUCAAGGAUGUGAUUCGCCAAGGUAUCGAGGUACCGGAGGGACAUAACGAUCUUCGCAGGAUGCAACUUCGGGAACUGGCCCAGCUGAACGGAACUCUGCGUGAAACCGAUGGUCCUCGUUGUACUAAUUGUGGUUCCAAUGAACACAAGACCUGGCUUUGCCCAGACAAACCUAACAUUACAACUAGCAUUGUGUGUUCUUCUUGCGGUGGAGCAGGUCACAUUGCUAAGGAUUGCCGAAGCAAACGUCCGGGACAAGGUGGACCACCAGCAAGCAACAACCAGGCCAAGAUCGACGAAGAAUACAUGAGCCUGAUGGCCGAACUUGGCGAAGGACCGCCACCAGAGUCGAACAGUCAGCAAAAUUCGAAUUUCUCCAGAUCGUACGGUGUGUUUGAACCCAGACAAGCUCCACGUCCCCUCAUGCAAACGCCGCAUCUCCCACCUCCGCAUGCGGCUCCACCAGCACCCCCUACCACAACAGCCCCCAUGCCUCUACCCCCGCAGAUGAGUCAAUGGAACAUGCCCCCGAUUCCUGCUCCUCCUCCACCACCCCCAGGAGUUACCCCUUUGAUGUCCUGGGGACAGCAACCUCCCCCACCUGGAGGUAGCCCGGAUGUUCUCCCACCGGGCACAGCUCCCCUACCACGAUACCCACAAAGCUAUCCUCCACCGCCUCCCGGAGUAUCACAACCCCUGGCACCGGGAACUUCUCCCGUUGGAAUGCCCUCAUGGAGUGGGAGUAGCUCAUCUGGAGGUCCGCCACCCCUCAUGCCACCAGGAUCGUGGCAGCCCCCAGGUGGAGCCCCCGGAACAAGCUUCAUUCAGCCACCGCCCAUGCCAGUCGGGUUACCGCCGGCUCAUUUGCUGAGUGCUCCUCCACCUCCGCCACCACCUUCGUCGUAAGCGUUUUAUCUCUUACUGGAAUCCAGCAGGUAAGCCACGAUUCUCUCUCUCGUCGGGACUAUUGCAUAAUGCUUUUACUAUUAUACCAACUAUGAUACGAUUAUGUUUCGCAAAUAAUUCCUACACAACUUUGAAUCAAAAGGAUAAGCUUGCUCUAUCGGAACCUAGUUAAUUGGUAGAUCGAAUACACUGUUAGAAUUAGCGUUAAAUAUAACAAAGAACCCUUCAUUUUAGGACUAGUU